AGAAGAGGACGCUUUGGCACUAUACAGACGUUCACUGUUCCACGGACCACCCGCUAUCUCAUCAAAGCCUGGGGUGCACGGGGAGGAGCACAUUCAUACGAUUAUGGAUACCUCCCAGGAACAUAUUAUGGUGGAAAAGGAGCGUUUAUAGAAGGCAAGUUCAGACUGAAUAAUGGAACGGUCUUAAAUAUUGUGGUGGGACAAAGAGGAGGGGAUUCGGUUGAAGUAAGAGGAGGAAAAAGCACAAAAAAAACAGCAGUUCAUCUAGGAGUGUCCGUGGAAGACAAUGCUGGCACUGGAGGAGGGGGAGGAAGUUUUGUUUAUACUACAGCUGAUGUUUUGUUGCUGGCUGUCGGAGGAGGAGGGGGCGCUUCAAGUGGAUAUAAUGGUGUGGAUGGUCAGGCGGAAUCAAACGGCACCAGAAGUGUGGGGCAGGUCUUGUCACGAGUCCGAAAUGGAGGCACAGGUGGGCAGCCAGGUGAGUGUAACAGUGGGGGCGCUAACUACCAUGGAGGAGUGGGUGCGGGUUGGUUUGGUGAAGGCUGUUCCCGCCAAGGUUCUUCCCACGGGGAAAGAGGUGGAUCACGUACACAAGGCUGGAUCGGAGGUUUAGCUGGGGAUAUGAACAGUGGAAACAAUGGGGGCCCUGCACCAGGAGCAGUUGGUGGGUUUGGUGGUGGGGGAGGUGGAUCAGAGGAUAAUGGUGCAUCAGGCGGAGGUGGUGGGUACUCUGGAGGAGGUAGUGGUACCCAUCAGAAACAAGCCGGAGGUGGAGGAGGCUCAUACUGUAAUGGCGAAGAUUGUUCCGGUUUGACUGGUGGGAACUCGAAUGAUAAUGGCCUUGUACAAAUUAUAGAAUUGUAG